AUGACCCUAAAGCGCCAGGUCAACAUCAUUAUCACCGGAACGCCCGGUACCGGAAAGUCUAGUCAUGCUCAGCUACUAAUUGAACAAGAUAGCGGUCUGAAGCUUGUUGACGUCAACGAGCUGGCCAAAGCCAACAACCUGUAUGCUGGAUUCGACAAGGAGCGCAAUUCACAAAUUGUGGACGACGAGAAGCUGCUGGACUUUUUGGAGGACGACUUGGAGAAGGGCAACAACAUCAUUGACUGGCAUUGCUGUGACGUGUUCCCUGAGCGCCUUAUCGACCUUGUGAUUGUCCUCCGCAGCGACAACACCAUUCUUUACGACCGUCUCAAGGCCCGCGACUAUGAAGGCAAGAAGAUCGAGGAGAACAUCGACGCCGAGAUUAUGGAGGUUAUUCUGAACGACGCUCGCGAGUCCUUUGAUGAGGAAAUUAUCGUGCCGCUCGAGUCGAACAAGAUCGAGGAGGUCCAGUCGAACGUCGACCGUAUUUUGGAUUGGAUCAAGCAGUGGCGUGAGCGCAACCCUGAGGGCAUUCAAAAUGUCACUUUGGAUAGCUCCUCUGAUUCCGAUUCUGAUUAG